CCUGCCUGUCUCGUUUAAAAACAAUCUCUUCAAAGAAAUUCGCUGCAUGAUUCAACAGUCACACCAUAUCUCUUGAUAACUUUAUCGCUUUUCGACCAUUUCAUGAAUUAAACUGCAAUCCAAAAUGAAAUUUCCAACGGAAAACCCAAGGAAACCAGGGAACUGGAACCCUUCACCAGUGCCAGUGCAGACCAACCUGGUGCCGCCGAAGAAGGUCCAACCAGGGAUGUUGCAAUCCAGUUUGGUGCAGGCCAGUGUGGCCACCAUGCAGAACCCCAUGGGUUGUUCUUUACCUCGCCUUUCUGUCUCCCGGCCCGCUAGUAUGGUGGCCAGCAUCGAAGCGGUGGCAGACGGCUCAGCCCUCCUCACAGUCAUGAAGUGGAAGACUGUCCUAGCUGUGUUUGUGGUGGUGGUAGCGUACCUGGUCGCCGGCGGUCUGAUGUUCAGAGCCCUGGAGCAACCCUUUGAGAGCAACCAAAAAGACACAAUCACUUUGAAGAAAGCAGCCUUCCUGGAGAAACAUAGCUGCGUGACCCGAGAUGAGCUGGAAGAGCUCAUCAAGGUAAAACUGUUGCUCAUCUGUAGUAGAGCUCGGCUAGUGUCCCUUGUGGGAUCUCAGAUCUUGUGUAACAAUAUAGCUUCAUCGAUCUGUCUGACAUGCGAGCUUCACUCAUGCAAUAGACCAGGGCACAGCGGUUGGACAUUCUAA